AUGGGUUUCUUUAGGCUGCUGGUUACAGAUGGAAUACUGCAGCUCGUAGUUGAUGAAACAAACGGUAACACACGCAACAUAUUUGCGAGCGAAAAUACAAAAGAGGGUUCUGGGAUUAGUAAUUGCAAACCUGUAAGCAUAGGAGAAAUACUAGUCUUCCUGUGUAUUUCAUUACAUAUGGGUAAUGUCAAAUAUGCCCGAUUGGAAGACUACUGGAAGAAAGACCCGCUGUUCGAAAAUAGAGGAAUAGCAAUGAGUAUGGGCAGAGAGAGAUAUUUGUUCAUCUUACGCUCACUGCAUUUUACAAAAAAUCCAGAGUCAGGAGACCCGAAACCAGAUGAUCGACUACAUAAGGUAUGCCCUAUAUUGAAUUAUUUUAAUAAUCAGGCGUAUUAUACAGGUAGGGAUCUAUCUUUAGAUGAAUCAAUGAUUCUUUGGAGGGGACAAUUGUCAUUUAGACAAUAUAUAAAGAACAAAAGGAAUAAAUAUGGCAUCAAAUUGUACAUGCUAAAUAAUCCACACAGUUUUGUAAAUGGGGAUGCAUGGUGA